UUCUCAUUGUAUACAGAGGAUCUGUCAUCUCUCCUAGUCAUAACCCCACUGACUCCUUCCAUCCUACUCCCUCUCUACAAGACUUUAUCAUAUUGGGCUCGACUCUAUCAGCUGUGAUCUGAUCUUUCAACAGUACCCCAUCAACACCUUCUUCUUAAUACCUAAGCACUGAGAAUGGAAAUGGGAUUUUCUAAGGCACAGUCAAACUCCUCUCUCUGCCACAUUGCCUUUCUGAUGUAAUCACUGGCAAGGGAAAGAACAUAGAGGAAAGGACGUUACAGAACAACUGAAAAGUGUCCCCACCAGGCACCAGCAAACUUCUGUACUAAGGUCUGACAAGUAAAGAAAAAAUGAGCAACAUUUAUGAAUCAGCAGCCAACACACUUGGGAUUUUUGACAGUCCAUGUCUUGCAAAGGUGGAACUGAGAGUUUCCUGCAAGGGGAUAUCUGACAGAGAUGCACUCUCUAAGCCUGAUCCUUGUGUCAUCCUGAAAAUGCAGUCACAUGGCCAGUGGUUUGAGGUUGACAGAACAGAAAUCAUUAGAACCUGCAUAAACCCAAUUUUUUCAAAAAUUUUUACAGUGGAUUUUUAUUUUGAAGAAGUUCAGCGUUUGCGCUUUGAAGUACAUGAUAUCAGCAGCAAUCACAACGGCCUGAAAGAUGCAGAUUUCUUGGGUGGUAUGGAGUGCACCUUGGGGCAAAUUGUAUCACAAAGGAAAUUGUCAAAAUCCUUAUUAAAACAUGGCAAUACAGCUGGGAAAUCAUCUAUAACGGUCAUUGCUGAAGAACUGUCUGGGAAUGAUGACUAUGUGGAACUUUCUUUCAGUGCACGGAAAUUAGAUGACAAGGAUUUUUUCAGUAAAUCUGACCCUUUUUUGGAAGCUUUCAGAAUGAAUGAUGAUGGGACUCAGCAACUUGUUCACAGAACUGAGGUUAUUAUGAAUAACUUGAAUCCAGCUUGGAAAUCCUUCAAAGUUUCACUGAAUUCCUUAUGCAGUGGCGAUCAUGACCGCAAACUAAAGUGUAUCGUUUGGGACUGGGACUCGAAUGGAAAGCAUGACUUCAUUGGAGAGUUUACUACUACAUUCAAGGAAAUGCGAGACGCGAUGGAAGGGAGACAGGUGCAGUGGGAAUGCAUAAAUCCUAAAUACAAAACAAAGAAAAAAAACUACAAAAAUUCAGGCAUUGUAAUUCUCAAUCAAUGCAAGAUCCACAAAAUGCAUUCAUUUUUAGACUACAUCAUGGGUGGCUGCCAGAUACAGUUUACAGUAGCUAUUGAUUUCACUGCAUCCAACGGUGAUCCUCGGAACAGCUGCUCUCUGCACUACAUCCAUCCCUACCAGCCCAAUGAGUACCUAAAAGCUCUUGUCGCUGUGGGAGAAAUAUGCCAAGACUAUGACAGUGAUAAAAUGUUUCCAGUCUAUGGUUUUGGUGCCAGAAUACCUCCGGAUUUCAAGGUUUCCCAUGAUUUUGCAAUCAAUUUUAAUGAGGACAACCCAGAAUGUGCAGGAAUACAAGGAGUAGUAGAAGCCUACCAAAACUGCCUGCCAAAGUUACAACUUUAUGGACCAACAAACAUUGCACCCAUUAUUCAGAAAGUGGCAAAGGCUGCAUCUGAGGAGACACAUACUAUGGAAUCUACGCAAUAUUUUAUCCUAUUGAUCCUAACCGAUGGCGUUAUCACUGACAUGGCUGACACUAGAGAAGCCAUAGUUCAUGCCUCUCACCUUCCCAUGUCAGUCAUCAUUGUAGGAAUUGGCAAUGCAGAUUUCAGUGACAUGCAGAUGCUCGAUGGUGAUGAUGGAAUUUUGAGGUCGCCUAAAGGAGAACCUGUUUUGAGAGACAUUGUUCAGUUUGUGCCAUUCAGGAACUUUAAGCAUGCAUCCCCAGCUGCACUUGCAAAAAGCGUUUUGGCUGAAGUUCCAAACCAGGUUGUGGACUAUUACAAUGGCAAGGGAAUAAAACCAAAAUGUAUGUCAGACUACGAGUCUUCCAGGACACUUGGACCUUGAAUAAUUCUGCACAAGUUUACAGACCCAAACACUAAUAAUCAUAAUUAUACAUAGCACGUUCUGGUGAUUUUUAACUUGAUUAUACAUAUAUUUUUCUUGCAUGUAUAGCUUGGAUCAGCGUAGCAGUUGUAUUGUUCAAGACUUUUUAUGAAAGAAAAAAAUUCACAGCAUGUCGUCUUGGGGGAAUAAAGGUUAACAGUAUGUGUUUUUUAUACUGCUUUGUUGAAUUUUUGCAAAAUUUCUUAUAUUUAAACUGUAAAGUCUUUUGAAACAAAUACGGAUAUGUAAAAGCCAACAAUUUGGUUUUAUCUGCUAGGGGGAAAAAAGAUUUUUUGAAAUUGGCAGGUGCAUGGAAUAUAUUUUGCAUGUUCGAAAAAAACCUUUCAAAUUUUAUAGUCUGUGUUUAUUUUGAUCUAUUCUCAUAAGUGGCCUGUAAGUAGGUCUACAGAUGUCAGUUCAGCACAAGUUUAAUAAAAUGCAUUAAAUCCUUAGAUGUAGUAGGAUGUAGCUGUCACUGAACAUAACAUUUUUUAUCCUCUGCCAGCUCACACUUCCGUGCUGGGCUAUUGCAGGUUUACCAGCUGCUAAAGAGCUACUGCUUGCAACAUUUUUCAUGUGGGUAUAUGUACAGUACAAAUAGAAGAUAAAAGGGGAAGUUGACUACAUUUCAGCCUAAGCAGCUUUUUUUGGUGGGGCACCUAUUUUCUCUUAGUAACAGAAAUCUUGGAAAACAGUAGAAGAUCAUGGCAUAGGAGAAUACGUGUUCAUAGUUCAUAGUCAACUUAGCUCUAACUUGGUGUUAUAUCCUCAGAACCUUUCUGUUUCGUAAAUAGUUUUAGAGGUAAAAACUACUCAUGCAUAAUUUUUAAAGUAUAAAUUCUAAUAAAAAUGCUUUAUUCUUUCAGACUUACUUGUGCAAAAUCAAGAGUUAUGCACAUGCUUAACUAUUUUUAUACACAGUUAACUACCUGACACAAGCAGAUACAUUUUGCGGGUGUUAGACUGGGCAACAUAUUUUGCAAAAAUGAAAGCUUAUACAAAGUUUUAAAAGUUUAUUUUGGUUUUUUAUUGGCUAGAACACUUGAGAACACAUAAGACUGAAAAAAGAUUUUACCUUAUUAAAACUCAAUCAUUCAAAGUAUGUUUGGCCUUCUAAAGUAAGCAAUAAUAAUUCACACUACAAAUAUGUAAUUUGAUGUAAUUUAUAUGAGUUGGUUUUUUUUUUUUGUUGUUUAGGUUCCAUAACCGUAUAAGUACUGUCAGGAAAUAAUAUAUUAUUUAAUAGAAUAGAAUUUUUAAACUAUUUAAAGGAGAAGGAAAGGUGUUUUUACUUAGGGGUGACAAAAGUUAGGCACCCCCCAAGUAUUUGUAUCUACUUAGCUGACACCCAGGCCGGUGCUCCUAUCAGCAGAAAACUGCAACGACCUAGGGUUAUUCCAGCGAACACCACAGAGCGAUCGUCUUCCUGCUUCUUUCUUAAAAUUUCCCAGGGCAGAUGCAUGCACAGUAGAAUGAAAUAGCUGGCUUUUUCAUUAAAGUUUGGCCUUUCGCUCUACUGCGCAUGUGCAGCCUCGUGAAACAAGCAGAAGGCGGAAGACAAUCGUUACAUCGUACGAUUACAUAACGUACGUACAUAACCCCGGCAGGUGCCGUUUUCUGCUGAUAGAAGCACUGGUCCAGGGUGUCAGGUAAGCAAAUAGUAUCACUUGGGGGUGCCUAACAUUUGGCACCCCCAAGUAAAAACACCUUUCCUUCUCCUUUAAUAGAAUAGAAGUAUAAAAAAAUCUCUUUCCUAUGUAUAAAUGCAUACAUUCCCAAAAUAAUUAUGUGAUAUGUAGGUUACCCUGAAUGAAAUAGUUUUUCAGUGCUGGCUCUAAUAAUACUAAAACUGCAAGCCUUGGAUAUAUCCUUGAGGGAAAGCAAUAGGCCCUGUUGUUGCAAAGGUGAAGUGUUCAUAAGCCUCAACCACUGAUUGAUCUUUAAGUGGUCUUGGGAAUAAAUCAGGCAAUUCGAAGAAUGUAUUUGUUUCCUUGUAGUACAUUGAUUUAUAAUUCAAGGCUUUUAACCAUCAUUAACAAAGGUAAUCUCAGCUAAUGCCCUAUGGCAGAAGUAUUUAAGUUAAUUCUAAAAGCACCACACUAAGCAAGAAUAUACAGUGUAUGCUAAUAUAUCCUUAUUCCUGUUACUGGAAGGUGGUGGUUGUUUCUUUGGCAACUUUUAUGCAUCGGAAUACUCUUUUCAGGUUACCUUCUAGUCAAAAUUGAAUUAAAAGAAAACAAUGAGAAUCUGAUUUAUAGUAAUGACAUCAAGCCAUUUCAAUUGAAGAGAGUUUAUAAUUCAGAAAGUAAGAAACACAAAAUUGUGGAUGCAAAUUGCUGUGUUUUUUGUCUGCAAUAAAGUAUUCCUGUCA